AUGCCUCUCAAGAAAGACUCUUUCCCUUCCUCAGCUGCGUUUGACGUGAUCAACGACACGCUGCAGGCUGAUGCUGCUGAACGUAAAGAUGCGGUGGACAAGGCCAAGGCUAUCGUCGCCUUCAACCUUAAGAACUCCAAGGGCGAGGAGCAGAGUUGGUACCUCGACUUGAAGAACAAGGGCGAGGUUGGGGAAGGUGCCGCCCCUCCUGGUGGCAAGGCUGACGUCACCCUUACUCUCUCCGAUGACGAUUUCACUUCUCUCGUCACCGGCAAGGCCAACGCGCAGCGUCUGUUCAUGGGUGGCAAGCUUAAAAUCAAGGGCAACAUUAUGAAGGCCACUAAAAUGGAGCCUAUCCUCAAGAAAGCGCAGGGCAAGGCCAAGUUGUAA